AUGAACAGGAAUAAGAAGACAGCCACUUACCUAAGCAAGGAGAAUGUGCAAGACUUCUUAAUGAAGUUUGACAACAUCCUCUGUGACUGUGAUGGAGUGCUGAUCCGAGGAUCUCAACCAAUAAGUGGAUCUGCAGAGGCUAUUUCAUUGUUGAAGAGUGCCAACAAGAAGAUAUUUUUCAUCACAAAUAGCUGCUCUAGAACCCGAACAGAACUUCAAGCAAAAUUGAAGGAUUUUGGGAUUCAUGUGCAAAAAGAAGAGAUAUACAACACUGCGUACUUGGCAGCUCAGUACCUGAAGUCUCGGAAGUUCACAAAGAAGGCUUACGUAAUUGGGCAGAAGGCACUUCAAUCUGAGCUUGAAGAGGCAGGAAUAGCCAGCUUUGGUUAUGGACCCGAUCCAUUGCCAGAGGAAGUUCAAGUUUUUGACCUUCCAAAUCUUGUUCACAUGGACCCUGAAGUUGGAGCAGUGAUUGUUGCUUUCGAUCCUCAUGUUAGCUACAUCAAGUUCCUCAAGGCCAUCUCAUAUGUCAAUAAUCCCACAGUGAUGUUCUUGGUCACCUGUCAUGAUGAAACUUGGCCAACAAAAUUUGAAAUUGUCCUUCCAGGAACCGAUUGCAUGGUGGCCUCAGUUGAAGCUGUGAGCAAGCGGAAAGGAGAAGUCCUGGGGAAGCCCAAUCCCAAUGUGUUCUAUUCAGUUCAAGCAGAUCAGGGCAUAGAAGCAUCAAGAACUCUUGUUAUUGGAGACAAAGGGGACUCUGACAUAGCUCUAGGGAAACGGUGUGGUGCUCACACAUUGCUGGUCCUCACUGGUGAGACAUCUGAGACAGCACUGCAUUCCUGGGAAAAACAAUGUGAAGAUCCAACGUUCCAGGAUAUCAUUCCAGAUUACUACAUUGAAUCCCUGGCUGCUCUUCACAACCUCUUGAGUAACAGACUUUACAAUAGUCUUGAGAUGUCUUCCAAGAUUGAACUAUUGUUGCAGAAGUUCAAACGUGCCAGGGAGGGUGGGCUUGGUCAUAUGGAGAAUGCUUCAACAUAUCUUGAAGCAGUCCACUCUGUUUGGCAGGAACCACUCAGUUUCAAUUCUCACUCCAAAGACCCCUGCAACAAGUCCUCUGAAAAAGCCUUGACACUUCCAAGGGAGGUCUGGAAUCAUCAGAAGAUGGACAAAAUGCUGCUUGAAAAUGGAGCUGAUGAAAUGUUGACCAAACUGCCUCACAGGAUGAAUGUUGCUGGAAGUGGUACUGUAGAGGAGGCAAAAAAUGAAGAAAUUGAGGAUCUUAAGGCUCAUAUGGAAGCUCUGAACAAUGUACUUCAUGAUCAGGAGAUGGAAAAAGAAAGAUUAAGCAAGGAUCUCAGAGAAUGUAAAGCUCAGUGGAAGGAAUAUCUAUCCUGGCAUGGGGAACUGACGGAGAGGUUUGAUGAUUGUGAAAAACAACAGCUGCAAAGCAAGGCUUUAUUGAACCAGCAGGAUGUCCUGGUGAGGGAUCUUGAACUCCUUGCCAGAAAUAAUAGCAAUCAUCUUCUGCAGCUAAGGAAGCUACUAGAGGAGUGGGAGAAGUUAUCUUUGGAAUCUCACCAGGCAUUGCACAAGGAAAAGAAAGAUCAUGCUUCAACUCUGGCAAGUAAGGCUGAAAUGGAAAAGCUACUUAAUCAAGUCCUUGAAGAAAAAGAGUCAUUGGCUGAAGCUCACAAGGAACUUGUGAAACACCAUGAACAAGCAUUGCUGGAAUGGGAACACAUUCAAAGUGCUUUGCAAAUAAAAGAGGAAUCCCUGGUAAUGGCAGAGGAAGAGAAGCAACAGCUGAAAGAGCAGGUAUCCCUAGGACUGCAGGAAAUUGAAGAUGUGCACAAGAAACUCUCUGAAAUUGUUAAGGAGAAGCAGGUCUUGGUGGAUGAACUACUGAUGUCUGAAAACCUGCUGAAAAAAGGGGAAUCCUUGAGACAGCAGCUUGAAGACAGCCAAGCUGAGCUGGAAGAUAACUUCAAUGAAAAGGAGAGGGAGAAUCAGCAACUGAAGAAGAGAAUUGAGGAAUUGGAGGCCAGUGUAAAGAACUUGCAGCAUGAUCUUAAUGUUGAGUCCAAGAAGAAGAGAAAGGCUCAGAUGAUGAUAGAUGAUUUGGAGAUGCAGCUGACUGAUACCCUGAACCAAAGAAAUGCCCUUCAGGAGGGAUUGAACCAGGAGGAACUUUUUACCAAAGAAAUGAAGAUUGAGUUUCUUGUUGCCAAAGCAGAACUAACAAAAACCAAGGAACUUCUGAAACAGAAGAACAAGAAGAAACAAACCACAAAGAGGAAAUUUCCUUCUCAGGUCCUUGAAAAAUCAUCAGCCCAUGCCAAACAUUUCCAUGAGCAUGCAGAGCCACCAAUGGUUUUCCAGUCUUCCCAUCACUCUGUCACGGCUUCCAAUAAAAACAUCCCAGCUUCAGGAGACAUUAGCCAUCCUGGGAUGGAGGACAGAGCAAGGGAGAGUAGCUCCAUUCAUAUGAAGACACAUUCAACAUCUCUUGGAUCAGUUCUAUCAGUUCAGGAGGAGCCAUGCAGUCCCAUGUCUCCAACCAUGCCUGGCAGCAAGUCCUCUAGAAAAGCCAUGGCACUGCCAAAAGAUCUUAGGAAUCAGGAAACAUUUCAGGUGCUGCUGGAAGAAGGAGGAGCUGAUAAAAUGAAGGCAUCUACCAUUCAACAGCUCCAUAUGAUAAAUGACACCUGGAAUGACAUUAUAAAAACAAAAGAUAAAGAAAUCAAAGCCCUCAAAGCUCCUCUGGAAGCUCUAAACAAGACCAUCUGUGAUCAUCAAAUGGACAAAGAGAAAUUGAGCAAGGAUCUCAUGUUAUGUGAAGCUCAUUUGAAGGCAUAUCAGCCCUGGCAUGGGGAACUGUCAGGAAGGCUUGAUGAAUCUGAGAAGCAGCAAAUGCAAUGCAAGGCUUUCUUAAAGCAGCAAGAUAUUAUACUUAAGGAAAUUCAACUUCUUGCUAAGAAUAUUGGCAAUUGUCUGCAGCUGAAGACAGUGCUGGAGGAAUGGGAGAAGUUACUCUUUGAGUCUCGGAGGGCAUUGGAAGCAGAAAAGAAGGAUUAUGGCUCAACUCUGGCAAAGAAGGCUGAGGUGGAAAGUCUAAUGGAGCAACUCCUCACUGAGAAAGAGUCCUUAGCUGUAGCUAACAAGGAGCUUAUGAAGAACCAUGAACAGGCAUUGUUGGACAUGGAACACACUUGCAGUUUAUUGCAAGAGAAAGAGGUAUCCCUGGUUGUGGCAGAAGAAGAGAAGCAGAAGUUGAAGCAGCAGAUGUCCUUGGGACUGCAGGAAAUUAAAGAUGUGCAGGAGAAGCUCUCAGAUAUCUUGAAGGAGAAUCAGAAUUUGGCAGAUGAGCUUCUGAAGGCUGAAAGUGCAUUGGAGGAGAAAGAGGUAUCUCUGAAGGAACAAUUUGAACAGACAAUGAUACAGUUGACAGAUGAAAUCUAUAAACAGGAACAUCAGAAUCAAGAAAUGGACAAGAACAUCAAGGAACUUGAAACAAGGUUGACAGACAUGGAGCAUCGUCUCAAUUGUCAGUCCAAGAAAAAAAGAAUGGUUCAGAAGAAGCUACAUGAGUUGGAUGUGCAGUUGAUUGAUGUCCAGAAUCAAAGGGAUGCCCUUGAGCAACAACUCAAUCAGGAGAAGAUAUAUGGUGGAAGAAUGAAUGUCCUUUAUGAUAUCACCAAGAAAGAACUUGAAAAGACCAGGGAACUCCUGAACCAGACAAGCUUGAAGCGAAAAUACUCAUCACAGGUGAAAGUAAAUAUAAUUGGAGAUAAGGAACAUAAAGGGAGUGAUGCGAUUCAUGCUGGAAUGGAGUCAGCUCACAAGAAAGUUGAUCCUGUAAGCUCUGCAUCAUUUUCAUUUGAGAUUGUCAACAAAGAUUCAGAUCAGGCUACAUCAUCAGAGCACACGGUCAAUGAUAUUAUUGAGAACAUGAAGAUAAAAAAAGGAGAGGUAGAAGAUGAAGAUUCUGAUGAUGAAGUUGCCAAAGAAUGA